AUGUCAGAGUCGACAGUGAUGAUCACUCAAAUCGUUCUUACAUUUUUUGACUUAGGAUUUUCGUUAUGUAGUGUAGUUGGAAAUUCAGUUGUAAUUUAUGUAAUAAGUCGCGAUAAGAAACUUAAAAGUAAAGCAAAUUAUCAUAUUUUGUCGGUUGCGUUUGUGGAUUUUUUGAUUGGAUUAUUAGCUACACCACUUGGAGUUAUUGCUAGAAUUACUCGUGCGCCUCAUGAUUUUCAUCAAUGCGUGUUUUUGUAUUCGUUUAUAGCAGCUUUAUUUGCUGUGUCAAUGCUGUCGUUGCUUGCAGUGUCCAUUGACAGAUGCUGGGCUGUGUGUUUUCCAUUAACAUAUCAUGUUGCCGAAAUAUCAAUAGCAAAAGUUGCGAUUUUCUUCUGUUGGAUGAUUGGAAUAAUUGUAGGCUUCAUCCCAACAUUCGGCUGGAAUAGCGGAGAAUUUUACGGAAGUUGUGACUUUCGAAUAAUAUCCAGCAUGGAUUAUGUUCUUUAUGUCGGUGUUAUUAUAGCAGUUUUGGCUUUAUUACUCAUCAUCACAAUUUACUCCAUCAUAUAUUGCGUCAUAUCAAGACAGGCAAGAAAAAGAAACAAAUUUAACCAUAAACAUGCAAAAAGACGUGAAGAAAUCAUCGCACAAACAACCGAUUAUGUGAAGCAGAAAAAUGAAAUCAGAGCGACGUUUACUUUGUCAAUGAUUGUUGGAACCUUUGUCGUUCUUUGGACACCUGGAAUUGUUUGCUUUUUCGUAAUGGCAGCGACGCAAAAUCGAAACAUAAGCGAAGAUGUUAUGGAGCUGACCAAAAGUUGUCUAAGUUUAAAUGCAGCUCUCGAUCCGCUUAUUUAUGCGUAUCGAAUGAAGAACAUCCGCAAAGCUAUGAACAAUCUUUUCAAGUGCUGUAGCAACAAAAAAGAACUUCAAAGUGUUUUUACCUUAAGUGAUAAAAGAAGCUUUAAAUCAUCAGUGAGAACUCUAAAUGACGUUGUGAUAUAA